GCCUCCUAUCUGCAUCUGCUGCAGAGCUUAGCCAACACGCAUCUCUCUUCUCUCUCUCUCUCUCUUGUUUUCCCACUACCUACCUUCUUCUACCCAGCAGAAUUUCUUCUUUCUUUUUAGCUGAUAAGGGAGUCAGCGCACACCUACGCCCGCGGAGUCUAGGGGGGAGACAUGGGGCAGGCACUAGUCGUCACUUUGGAGUAUUGAGGACGGCGGUGAACCGGAGCAGAGCGCCAGAUGGGAUAGGAGCCGUGAAACCCACAUCACUCACCGCGGAUUGAGCAAGCCCCCACCGCCUCCCUCCCUCCCUCCGCCCUCUCUCUCUCUCUCCCUCUCUGUCUCUCCCUAGUCUGCAGCCUCCAAGAACAGCCGCCGCAUCAUUUUUUCAGAGCAGCAGCCCCCUCCCUCCCUCCCUUCGUCCUCUCUCUUCUCUCCAUCUCCCUUUUUCUGCUGCUUGCACCACUGUGGGAAUGCAGCGAAGGUAAUCGUAGAGGCUUCUUUUUUUUCCACCCACCACCAACAACCGGAUCUAUCAUCGCAGGCAGACAGCUCUGGAGACGUACGGCUGUCACUCUGGGAAAAUCAGAGCGGUGUCGUCGGCGUAUAGGAGAUUGGACCCGGAUCAGUCAGGAUUUAGCCCGCUACCCCGGGCACCACCACCCCAUCUCACCGGCAGAUCACAUCAGAUCCCGUCUGCCCUGCCUCGUUUAGUUUCACCGGCUCUCUCCCCCCCACUGGAUUACCGACAGCUGGAGCGACCAAAAAAGGGUGGCCGGGCACGGAAAACUGAGGGCUAUUAAGAGGCAAACUUGCCGACACUGACACCUGCAAGAGGAAGCUCUCUAAUGCAUGUAGAAAAAGAUCAAAUUAACUCCAAUGAAACCCAAGAGAAUACAGGAACAAUUCUCAUUUUAAGGACCUCAUGCGGCCGAUAAUCAACCAAAUUGAGAGUGGAGAAGGGUGCCUGGGUUGUUGAUCUACGCACGCACACACGCACAUGGAUUUACAGCUCCAGUCUGAAGCGGAUCGAUACCCUUCUCCGUUCUUUUUACGUCGGCUUUUUUUAACAAGGGAGUGAAGCAUCCUGGGAUUUAUCAUCGCUUCGUUAGCGCUGAACUACAGCGAGGCUUCGCUCUCUCACCUGCCCAUAACCUGCGUGUGGAAGGAAGUGUGUAUAUUCUUGUGCAUAUUUGUGUGUGUGUGUGUUUGGUUUGUUGUCCGCCAGAGGGAGUGUAGGUUAUAUUUUGCGUGUGUGUGUGUAUGUGUGUGUGUAUGCAUUUGAGUGCUGUGCCAGCUUUUAAUUAGUAAUAGAGUGUCUGUUUGUGGGUGCUUGUGCAUUAGUUAGUGUUUUUAUGUUUGUGCAUGUAGAUAUAUAGGCUAUAGGUAUUGUGUGGGUACAUGCUUAAGAUGCCCGGCAUUUCUUCUGCACCUCAUCCCCUUCCUCGUACAUGCCCUCGUAUCAUUCGGCCACCUGUUUGACCUCCUGAACACCCCCCAAGAGACGAACAGCUCCGGCAGGAUGAGCGAGCGUUCGGGUGCAAGCAGUCUAGCGGCCAUGACGCUGGAGGAGCCAGGGGCUGAACAGGCGUCUCCCAGAGCCCCGGGCCCUCUCCGCUGCGGCCCCUGUGCUGUGUGGCCUCGCCAGCAGACCUGGCUGUGUGCCGUGCCCCUGGUAAUGGGCUUUGUGGGACUGGGACUCAGUCUCAUGCUGCUGAAAUGGAUUGUUGUGGGAUCUGUCCAAGACUAUGUCCCCACUGAUCUGGUGGAUCCCAAAGGUAGCAUUGGACAGGACCCUAUAUUUCUCUCCAAACCCAGUGCCAUGCCAAAGGGGCCCGACAUUUCCACAGCCACCACUACUUCAGCUGCCUCCACCACAGCGAUGGUGUCGACCACAACGCCGCUAGCUGCGGACGGCACGGCCCCAGCGCCAAGAACUCGAUCGGGGCCGCCGGCGAACCACUCGGCCAACGGCAGCACCGCCAACGGGGACGGCAAUCGCGCCCCACACCUCCACAACCGCGUCGGCACCCGCAUUAGUGGGACUGCGGUCACCACCUCCACCACCCGCGCCACACGACUCACCCCGCCACUCAGUGGUAAGGAGGUCACCCCUCGCAGUACUGUUAGAAAAGGAAGCAGCAGUAAUGGUCGUAACGGAGCCGCCAACUCAAAGCCAGGGCAGACUUCUGCCGCCGUCACCACUGCAGCGACCACCACAACAACUACAACUACUGUGAAGACCAACGCCAAGGCGCAGCCAACCACCUCCCUGCCGGCAGGCCCAGUCAAGCCCACAUCACGCUGGAAUCACGGGCGCCCGGGCAAGGGUCCAUCCACACGCCCACACCACCGCUUCCGAACACCAGUGGCCCCCACUCUUCCUAGUCUACGUUCAGAGGUCUUCAAGCCAUGUGUGGAAGACAAGGACCUGGCCUUUUGUCUAAACGAGGGAGAGUGUUCCAUCAUUGAAACCGUGGCCGGGGUUCACAGACACUGCAGGUGUAAGGAGGGCUACCAUGGACUACGCUGUGACCAGUUUGUACCCAAGACAGAUGCUAUCUUGUCAGACCCAACGGAUGAACUCGGGAUUGAGUUCAUGGAGAGUGGUGACACUUACCAGAGGCAGGUGCUGUCCAUCUUCAGCAUCGCCUCAGGGAUCUGUCUUCUCGGAGUGGCGUGUAUGGCUCUCUACCGCCGCAACAAAAGACACAGGGAAAAACUCCAGGCUCAUUUCUCCGAUAGCCGCAGCCUGAGGGACUGCAGUGUGAACGCCUCUGGCCUCAUGUCCAAAUCUACUCCCAGGCUCCAAUACAGCCUCCAACUCCAAAAGAGCUGCAGUUCUCACGGAUCGUCUGUUAAGGGCAGCAGCAGCGUGGCGCCCGGCACAUCAACAGCAGCCCCACCUAUUCUCAGCAGAGCGCUGUCUAAAGGGAAACGCUUCAGGAGCAGUUCCCUUUCACUUAGUCCUGCCCGACAACGGAGGGAGACUAAUUACUUCAGGACCCCACCUAUUUCCAGAGGGAAACACAAAAUAUCGACAAAUCUCACCGACGGAUCCAGAGUGAACGGCCACGUCUACAAACAUUUGCAGGAGGACGAGUCAACAGACAUGGAGUCCAUAAGAAGGUGUGAUUCUGCCGGUGGAAAGGUCGGCGCCCUCCUCAGCAGGACUUCGCUCUCUCACUUCGCAGCCAGAAAGGGAUGGACCGAGGUCCCGUGCACCCGUCUGGAUAAGGGAACAACCUACCUACCGCCUUCCCUGCGCACCCGCUCCGUGCCCAUCAUCCCCUCGCUACAAGCAUGUGACCUCGAGGCGGGAAACGCGGACACGAGCGAGCGGAGCAAAGCGGGGCUCCUCAAGUGGCACCCGGCGCUGGCUGGAAAGACAGCGGCGCCCGCCGCGAGCAAUUCUCCCUCUUCGUCCUGUGAGGCUGUCGCGCUGGCGCCCGGUGUCAUGCCCGGCGGUGGUCGCCCUCCUCCAGCCACCAUCACCGUUACACUGGGGUCGGAGAAGAACCUCAGCUCCUCGCAAACACCCUGCUCCAUUGAAAUUACAGUGGAACUAGCGCAGGAAUUAAAACAGAAAAGCCUUUCCAUCCCCGUGAAAAUGUCAGGGUCUCACAGCGAGAUCCACCGCAGCGGCACAAACAAUCUCGAUGCCGGGACUGCGCAGGAGUCAGGAGGGAAAAGCGUCCAAUAUUCAGCCAGAGUUGUGCACACAGGCGGUAGUGGGAGCACAGGUUCGAAGGCAGCAGGCCAAAGAGAAGCCCAGGGACGGUGCCAAGGUCAGAUGUCCCUCGCGUACGGAGGCGCAAACUACUCCUUUGCCACCAAAGGACCCAGCUGCAGAGGAACUGGAAACGCUUAUGCCAGGCCCUCCGCGAGCUGAUUGGAUUAACUCUGUAAAGCUUCAAAGACACUGUUUCCAAUAACUGUAUACCUUUGCUGGUGGCACAGGAUGUUUAGCAGGUGGGACCAUCUGUGUGGCCACACGGACCAAUAACAGAUGGCCGUCAAUUCUGAAGGAACACGAACAGAUUGAACUGCAGACGAAAAAAAAAAGAAAAUACUGACAUCAAAUUAUAAAGACAAACAAACACACAUUGUGAAUAAAUGUGACUCAAUAAGGAAAAACAAAACCGUGACUUGAGUGGGAGCUUGACUUAAACAGUGUAUUGAAAAAAAUGCCACUAUUUAAAAGGAGCUUCUACUUAGAAACCAAAAUAGUGUGUCAUCUCUAUGUUGUUUCUCUAUUGUAAAGAAAUGAAAUUAUAUAUGUCAUAUAAUAUAUGUCAUAUAGACGUAUAUAUAUAUUUGACAUACAAUUGUGACAAAAUAAAGACUAAGAUAACAGUGUUAA